AAUUCUCAGCAGACCCAACCUUUGUUAGACAGACAGCGACCAUAGAAUGGGAGAGCGCAAUUGUGGUUAUGGAGAAGUCUUGAGAGGAUGAACAAAUUAAGUACAGGAUAACUUGAACGUUUGUUGUAUUGGAGUCGCUAAUACAUCAUAAAGGUCAGUAAAAAUAUACGAUUUAGUUGCAGUAAAACGUUCGCUAUAGUGUACGUUAUAUUGCUGUGGACGUGACACGACCUUAUAAUGCUGCCUUGGAAGAAGAAUAAGUUCGACUUGAUUGAGGAAGAUAAACAGUCGAAGCAGAAGGGUUAUGCCGUGAGUUUGAACUACUCUGCCCUGACCUCCUUUGCCAAGUCUUGCCCGGAGAGUGCUUUGAACAGGGUUGGAAGCAUGUUCAAGACAAAAAGGAAAAAGGUUAAAAUUACCAGUGAGGACCCCACCUACACUGUCCUCUACCUGGGUAAUGCCACCACCAUCCAGUCGAAAGGAGAAGGCUGUACAGACGUGGCUGUGAGCAAAAUUUGGGGCAAGAGCGAAAUGGGCAAAAAUGGCACGAAGAUGAAACUGACCAUCAGCUCGCAGGGUAUCCGAAUGGUGCAUGUGGACGACAAGGCGAGGAGACCGGGACAUUUGUAUUUAUUGCACCGGAUAACCUAUUGCGUUGCGGACCCAAGGCUACCCAAAAUUUUCGCUUGGAUAUACAGACAUGAGAUGAAGCACAAGGCAGUGAUGCUGCGGUGCCAUGCGGUGCUGGUGUCCAAGCCGGAGAAGGCAAAGGCCAUGGCACUACUUUUGUACCAGACCUCGGCGACAGCGCUUUCUGAAUUUAAAAGACUUAAAAGGAGGGACGAUGCAAGGCACCAGCAACAGCAGCUGAUAGGGGAACAAACCAUACCCCUUGUGCCCCUCCGGAAGCUUCUAAACGGACAGUGUUAUUACAAACCGCCGGUGGAGCGCAGCAGGAGCGCGCCCAAAUUGGGCUCUAUCACAGAGGACUUGAUCGGGGAGGAGGAAGAGGAGAAAGCGAUGCACUUUGAGUGUGAGGACAUUUUAGACACGGAUGACGAUUGUGUGGGCAAUGGUAAACAGGAGCUGUCCCAGAUCAUCAGUGACCUUGGAGAGAUGAGCAUAGGAAACGACGUACAAACACUAAAAGCGGACCUUAGGGUUACACGACUCCUCUCUGGGGAGAGCACGGGCAGCGAGUCGUCAAUAGAAAGCAACCAGGAGCCAAUUUCCGUCUCAAACGGAUUCGAGGAGGGGAAGAUGCAGGAAAUAUCAUGAAGUCUACGUUUUCCUGGAGCCAAAAUUCCCUCCACUAGGAUAAGAACAAUUUCAUUUUCUGUUUAUUUUAUGCUCUCGGCUGUGAGUGUAGCCUAUGCCUGUAGUAUUGUACCCCCUCACCGACUUGAAAGGAUAUAGAGGGUAGCCUAUGUUAUAGUUAUUGAAUGAUAUUUUGGCGAACAUUGAUAGCCUACAGAAAAGGGGCAGGACUGCAUGCUGAAACUGAACCCCGAAGUCACCGUGCGGGACAGGAGAGUGAUGCACCGGUGAUUCACACUUUAAUAAGAUGCUUUGUAUUAGAACUUGUUUACCCAACCCAUUUCCCGCGUGGAAAUGCAAUUUUUCUUGCACAACAUUGUCCAGAAAUAUGUAGCCUAACAUUCCAUUUUGAAAGAACGUUUCCUUUUUGUCGCAAUGGGUUAAAUUAGAAGUCCCUCACUCUCCUUUCAGGACGCUUUUCUACAAUUAUGUUUUUGCACUGUUGUGAAAUUCAGUCGAGUAUUACGUUUAUUAUGUGUAUAAUAUCGUUUUCUCGUAUAUGUUAUCAGAAACAUAAAUGUCAUAUUUUUGCCGUGCAAAAGAACAAUACCCUAAUGUAUUAAGAUGUACAUAGUAAAUGCAUUAUGUGUAUAAAAAUAUCCGUUAUUUUUUAAAGGAGAAAAAUGUGGUUUGUUUAUGUGAACCAAAAAAAAAAUACCAAUAAAAUGAACAAAAUAA